AUGAACUUUCAGAACCUCUGGAGAGAAUACAAAGUUCUGAUUGUUAUGGUACCUUUAAUUGGGUUCAUACAUCUGGGGUGGCACGGAAUCAAAAGCAGCCCUGUCUUCCAAAUUCCUAAGGACGAUACCACUGAACCAGAUAGUCUGGCACUUGCAAGUCAACCGAAGAGCCAAACCUAGGAGAAGUAGCAGGCUUGCACUUUUCAGUCCAAGAAAUUCUAAAGUAUGAAACUCACUGGCUCCAAGGGUUCCAUGAAAAGAAUUACAACUCUGUAAUUAUGUCACUCAAGCCGAAGCUGGGUCUAAAACUUAGAGGACUCCUCCUGUCUCGGCCUCCCAACU